AAUGCUGAUGCAAAUAUACUUUGUUAUUACGGUAUUUCUGUUUAUUGGAAUUUAAUGUGUCUAUUUGUGAAAAAGAAGUGCCAUGGCAAAGUUUCGAUGUUGGGUAGCACCACUGAAAUUGGAAACUGGUAGAUAUGGGAACCAAGAUGUUAAUGCAAGAACUUGUUUUCCUUACAGCAGAAAAUAUGCUUCACAUAUUACACUGCUUCCUUUUCGUUGCUGGUGGUUUAUGUACGAGUAGUACAAACAUAGGAAUUACGUUCGAUGGAAAUGGAGACUGCAUGAUUAAAGAUCAUUCAGUUAUUUGUAGGAAGGACUUACCGCAAGUGUUACCAAGGAAUAUCACACAAGUUAGAGUAACGAAUUUUUCACACGACAUCAUCAAUAAGGAAACCUUCAAGCAUGGCAGCUGGUGGUCAGUGAAUUAUCUGGAUGUAACCGUAAAUGAAAAUGUAGAGUUUCGCCUCUAUGACUAUAACUUCUUCGCGCUGAAGAAUCUAGAAACACUCGGAAUGCAUUCGUCUGAAUUGAAGUUCUUCGGGGAUUACAUUUUGAAUGGACUUCGGAAAUUGCAGUAUUUGAAUCUAUCGUCCUGUUUCUAUCUCACAACUAAAACACUGAUAAAUAAUUUGGAAGCACACAUUAAUUUAGACUCAUUAAUACUUGACCAGUUCGGAACGCGGAAUGGAAGGCAUAUAAUAUUGGAUAACGCAUUUUUAAAAAUGAUCAGUCGAUUGAGUAUACGAAGGUUAAGCUUAAGUGGAACUAAUUUAUUACUUCAGGGUCCCCUUUAUGUAGCCAAUCUUUCGUAUUCUUUACAUAUUGUCGACAUUUCAAAUAUAACCUUAGCACAAAAUAAUAUUGACUCUAAAGAUGGAAAGCAAGUUAUCAAUACUGUAUUAUCCAAAGUAAAGAUUUUAAACAUUUCUCAAAUCUCUUCACGAUUCCUACCUGUCAAUUAUAAAUUUAUGACUCAAACAAGAUACAGUCUAAAUUGCAGCGGAAAUUUAACAAAUGACUUUCUUAAACGUGUUUUUAAAGUUGAACGUCUGAAAAUGAAUCAUGUGUUAUCUAGAAUUGUGAAAAUUAAAUCAUUUUACCUGGAUAUUUCAGAGUGUAGAAUCAAUAUUAAGUCAUUGCAUCUCAGAUCUAAUAAUAUACAUUUUUUAAAUGCAACUGUAAAAUGGCCAAGGAAACUGAACUUCUAUGAACUUGACUUGUCUCAAAAUAAGCUAGAAUAUAUAUCCCCCUAUGUUUUCGGAUCUGUCCCCACAUUAGCAAAAAUUAAUCUUUCUCACAAUAAAUUGUAUCUCAUGGCCUCCUAUAUAGAAUUCAAAUUUCUCUUCAGUACUUUCAAAAACUUGUGGUACCUUGAUCUGUCAAAUAAUCAAUUAGCUUGGCUCCCUAAAGCAAUUUUUGCUAACACUUUCAAUUUGACCACUUUAGAUUUAUCUAACAACCAUUUAGCUUCUAUCAGUUUUAGAAUAAAUCAUCUUACGAAACUUCACUUUCUCAACUUGGAAAAUAAUAAGAUUCACUAUAUUGAUGGUGUUGAUUUCAGCAAUCUUCUUUUGUUGAUUCAAACAAUGCAGAUACCUGCGAAUAUAAGUUUCCUUCGCAAUCCUCUUGUUUGCAGUUGCGAAUCGGUAUCUUUUAUUAAAUGGCUGUCUUCCUAUGUUAUAACAAGAUAUAAACCACACUUCAUGUGUUCAUUAGAGGGCAAAAAGAUUCCACUUGAUACUAACGCAGUUGACGAAUCAGAGUUUUUGUGCGUACGUACAACAAUAGAAAUAGCAUCAGUGUCGUCAGGCAUUGCCAUUUUCUGUAUCAUAUCAGUAGUGACGGCGAUUUUUAUGUAUAGAAAGCGAAAAAAUAGAAGGGCAGAAAAUAGGGCUAAUUUUCUAGAGGACUUUAAAAAUGGACUACUACAAGAAAAUGUUUUAUGCUUUUAUCCUUUUCAAGCGAUGACGAAGGAAAUGAUCCGUAUAUCAUUUAUGAACAUCUCACAGAAACUUUAAAGGAAAAAUCUGGGAUUAAGCGAGAAGUUGUCUGUUUAGGUAACACACACUUCAACCUAGGAUUUCCAAUUGUUGAUGAAAUAGUAAGGUGUUUAUCAGAGAGUUGUGUCGCCGCUUUCAUAGUUUCAAACAAUUUCUGUGAAAGCCAUUGGUGCCAAAUGGAACUUCGAGAAGCGUAUGAGCUUAACAAACCGAUCAUUCUUAUUUGCAGAGAGCACAUCGACUUAACACUGAUGACACCUUUGAUGUCUAAAAUAUUCCUACGCUAUACCCGAGCAAAACUUAUCACGAAUGAAGACGGCCGUGUGGAAAUAGUUCCGGGCUACGAACAACUCGCAAGUUCCAUUUUGAAACUUGCUGUAAUGCAGAAUGACAACGUCGCUGUUUAGCAGCAUGUAAAUUCUAUAUUUCAGUAAAGCAGAAAGAACUAUCAAUCUAAAUACGAUUUCAGAUUUACACAACUCAUGCGUUUACGAAUUACAACGUUUUGUUUUUGUUGCGUUUAACGUCACACCGACACAAUUAUAGGUCAUAUGGUGACUUUUCAGCUUUUUAUGGUGGGAUAUAUGUAUUCUUAAUAGGAUGUAAUAGCAUGGCAUCCUAUGAUGUAAUGCUAUAAUGUUAUAAAUAUGUAGUACCAUGCUGGUUCUUUUCCUGGCACCAGAAAAAGUAUUAAUUUUGUAAACAACAUUCUUUGCAUUGAAAUAAAAACGUCUUUUAUGAUACAACUUAACUUCUGUAGAGACAUUCUGUCUUUGGAAUUAGAGUCUCUCAAAGAAGGAUCAGACCUUUAAAUGUCAAAAAUGUAUAUGAUCAGUAAUGCUUUGACAGAAACUUUUGAAUAUGUUGAUAAUGUGUUUGGUGUAAGUGGUCAUGUUAUUGUAACGGCACAUUUUCUGGUAUCCAGCCUUUCUAUUCUGUAAUGCAUGAAACGGUUUGCUGUUAUUCAUAUUUAUAAAUAUGUCAUUCAAAACAUGGCACAUCUUUCGCAUUAUCAUUUGAUUUUCAUUAUUGAUGAAUUGUGUAGAAUUUUUUUCUGUACCCUUUUAAUAAAUAAGUAGUUUUGUUUAAUACUACUUCUGUAUAGUGCUUUGAAUGCCAAUGCUUACAGUCAUAGUGGACUUAUUUGUUUCAGUAACUACUCACCUACAAUUUAUUUUGACAUAUUUAUAAUUGUACAUAACAUUCUACUUAUGAAAAACACCGAACUCUAUUUUUAGCUCAAGGUUACGUGACUAAAACACCGGAUUUUUGUACAUAAAAUAUUUGUGUGUAAUGCUGCUGAAGGCUCUGUAGAAGUCAAAAAGUUGGUUUUAAAUUAAAAUUGUCAAACUAAACCUGCUUUGGUUGUGUGGUUUCAUUACACUUUGGUGUUUUAUUAUAGAUCUGUAUUUAGUUUAAGGUGUGCAAGUUUGAUGACAAUAACAUAUUUUUUUGGCGGUGAAAAUCACUUUUUAGACCCCCAUGUGACCAGUAUUAGACCAGUGAAAUAAGCGGAAUUUACGAUAUCUGUAGAAGUUCUGUAACAAACGCAUUACUUGUAAUAUUUGUGUCUAUCAUAUCAGAGGGAUCCUUUAACAUACAAGAUAUAACUAAUACUAAAGCAAGAUUUUGACGUGAUCUAUUGCUAUUUUUGUUGAUGAUAUGUACCUUUACACUCUAUGUUAUUAAAGGUAAAAAUAAGUGACAGCUUAGACUGGCAUCAGUCGUUAGAGUCUUUUAGAAUAAAUAUCUCUACCAUACAAUCCUCUCUACUCUAAUAGCACAUUUUGAGAAGAAGAAAAAAACAAUACUAGUUUGUUUGCUUGUUUGGUUUGGUAUUAACGCCAUUAUUUUUCAACAAUAUUUCAGUUAUGUAACGGUUAAUCAGUUAUUCUAACUAGUGUUCCUGGAUUCUGUACCAGUAAAAACCAGUUCUUCGCAAGUAACUGUCAACUUUCUCACUUUAAUAAGAUAUGGAGGAAGAAUAAUUUCAGACACAAAGUCUUUUAUCAAAUCGUCACGGAGAACAUACUCCUCGCCCAGGACUCGAGCUCACGACCCGUAGAUCUGUAGAUCUGCGUUCUCGCUAUUGAGCUAAGCGGGCGGGCUCCCAAUACAUACUAAUAGUAUCUUAUCUCUGACUCUAACUGUGAAGAUGAGCCCAGGGAGAAAACAAGUGUCAUUAUGAAGAAGGGAAUAAGCAUUAUUACAAAUUACUUGAUCUCAACAGACUUCGUCUUACUAAGCUUAGCUUUAUUUAACGUCGCAUAAAAUCAACAUACAACAUGAGCUACAAAUGUCUUGUGCGACAAACUAGUAACCUGUAUUAGAUACUUACCUAUGUCUAUUUUACCUCAUACCAAUAUCAUUUUUCACGUCUUAAGUAUGACUCGACUGAUGGCUGAACUCCAUACCUCCCGCACUCAAGGCGGACACUACUGAGCAAAUUGAGGCGAUAUAACAAUAGAGGCGUUAUCUUACUGUACAUAAGACUAUUAUAAAUAUUCAUUACUAACCUGUAAUUGUCAUAUUUAAAAUAAUGGAUAUUUUAAGACUUAACAGUUAGCAGACAAGUGAUAAGUACAGUAACUGCAGUUAUUACGCAAUGUGGUUACAUCAAACAAAAAUGCAUUUUCUAAAGAAUUAAUAAGUAUAAUUGAAAUAUGUCAUUGCUUCACAGAGGUGAUAAUUUAUAGAUCGAACCAUUUUGCCGCCAUGUAUUAACUGAAUAUUAGUAUAGACAUCUAUCCUUGAAGUAAAAAAGGCCGUUGAUAAAGCUAAAUACGGUAAAGCUCAGGGUCCAGAUAACAUACCCUCAGAAGUUUUAAAGAAUGAUACAGUAAUUUUAUUCUUACAUUCACUUUUUAGUAUAUGUUUUAGUAAUGGCAUUGUACCGACAAUAUGGGGAAAGUCUAUUAUCAACCCUAUUCCCAAAUAAGGUUCCGCAGACCCCAGAGAUCCUUUAUCUUACAGAGGAAUUGCACUUGCAUCUUCCAUGUAUAAAAUCUAUUGUUCUAUUCUAAAUGAUCGUUUAAAUGUUUGGGUUGAAGGUAAUGACAAGUUUGUGGAUGAGCAGAAUGGUUUUAGAAAAAAACGUAGUACAAUUGACCAAAUUUCGUCACUUACUAAUUUGAUUGAAACCAGGAAGAAAUUGCAUAAAUCUACAUUUUCUGCCUUCAUCGAUCUCAGAAAAGCUUAUGAUUGUAUUAAUAGAGAGAAGAUGUGGGUAAAGCUGCGAGAAAUGAGUAUUUCUGGAAAAAUGUUGACAGCAGUGAAAUCACUCUACUCAUCUGUUUAUGCUUGUGUUAGGGUUAAUUCCUUUAAGACAGACUGGUUCAGUGUACAAACUGGUUUGAGACAAGGAUGUAUGUUGUCACCCAUAUUGUUUAAUUUGUAUAUCAAUGACUUAGCACUCUAUUUAAAGUCUCUGGUGAUUGAUGUCUCGUUUGAGAAUGAAAGUAUUUGUAUUCUGAUGUAUGCAGAUGACAUAGUUUUACUAGCUGAAAAUGCACAUGACUUGCAAACAUUAUUUAAAUACUUUAAAUGACUGGUGCAAUACCAAUUAUAUGAAUAUUAAUAAUUGCAAAAGUAAAGUUAUUCAUUUUCGACAUAUGUCUGUUCCAAGAUCAAACUGUAUUUUUAUGUGUGGUAAUAUGAUUGUCGAUACUGCAGAUAAGUAUAUACUGUAAAAUCAUUUUAUUUCGUGGGCAUGAAAUUUCGUGGUUUUGGUCAAAACGGCAUUUUCGUGGGGAUAUGAAUUCGUGGAUUUCAACUUUUGAACAUAAAAUGAAUGGGCAUUUUACUUGUUCGUUGAGGUAAAAUUUCGUGGAUUGACUCAACCACGAAAUCAACGAAAAUUAGUCCCCCACGAAUAUUAAUGAUUUCACAGUAUAUCUUGGUAUAGUUUUAAAUGGAUUUCUUAACUAUAAUGUAACUGCAAAAGAGGUAGCUCAAAGUGCAAGUCUUGCGCUUGGACUAGUUAUUGCUAAAUGUAAAGCCAUUGGAGGGGUGCCUUAUGAUAUCUACUCUAAACUGUAUGAUACACUUGUUUGGCCGGUAAUCAACUAUGGGACAGCUAUAUGGGGUUAUCGGUCAUACUCUUGUAUUAACGCAGUGCAUAAUCGAGCCAUGCGUUUUUUCUUAUGUGUUGGUAAAUAUACACCUAAUGCAGCACUUGCUGGAGAGAUGGCUUGGCAGCCCCCUAUAGUACGUCAACAUAAAACUGUUUCAAAUUUUUGGGUGCGUCUUUGUAAUACAUCUGCGGAUAGAAUUAACAAGCGAAUUGCACAAUGGGCUUUUUCUAAAUCGCGUUUGUCAUGUAAGAAUUGGUUUUUCUAUGUUAGAAAUAUACUAACUGAAUGUAAUUUAAACAACUACUGUGGCAUAAAUAACCAUGUGUCUAAACGAGUUGUCGUAGAAAAUGUUGUGAAGAUAUCAAUGGAAAAAUUUGUACACAAUUGGGCAUACUCUGUUAACAGAAUUGACAGCACGUCUGGUAGAGGACGGAACAAACUUAGAACUUACUGUAUUUUGAAAUCCGGUUUUUAUGUAGAAAGUUAUUGUAAAAUGAUAAUGCCAUUGCAACAUAGGUCAGCAUUUUUGUAAAUUUCGCUGUGGUGUUGCACCUAUAAGGUUGGAAACAGGCCGGUACGAAAAUUUAAGUUUAGAAGAUAGAAAGUGUCCAUUUUGUGAUGUUGUAGAAACAGAAAAACAUGUAAUUCUUAGUUGUAGCUUGUAUGAUGAUUUGAGGGAGACUUUAUUCCACCAUGCAUUGAAUGCCGAACCUAAUUUCCUUGCUUUAUUAGAAACUGAACAGUUUAUUGUGUUGUUCACAUAUCCAUCAUUAGUCAGAAGAUUUGCCAAAACCUGUAGUGAUAUUUUAAGUAGAAGACAAUUUUAUCUUUGUAAAUAAUGCUAAGGUACACUUUUACAAUUGUUUACCUAGGUAAAAAAAUGUUUAGCUCCACUGUUCGAAGAAAAUCGGUGCUACUCUCCUAGUGCCCUGGUGGCGGCGUGUACCUUUUCUUUUUGGCUAAAUUUUUUCGUCAACCUUUGCUUUUCUUUGUUCUUUGUGCUUAAAGCUUAUUGUAACUUCAUGUUAACAUUGCUCCGCAUGCAAAUUAAAUAUGCAGGGGCUGGGCCGAUACUUAAGGUCAAUGUCACCAAGGUGUUAACUCUUUGUCCUUUUCAGAUAAUCAAGAUAUUAUUUUCAAGGUAAUGGUUUUUCUGCAACCUUUGUUUUUCUUAUAUAUAUUUGUUACUAUUGCUUGUAUGCUAUUGAUAAAUUGACAUAAAUAUUGUCCAGCAUGCAAACGGGGUAUAUAAGGGGGCUGGGCACACUAUACAUAAGGUCAAGGUCAUGUUCCCGGAAGCUUUCUUUAUAGACAUAGUUUUAGUAUGUAAGUAGAGGUCUUUAUUGUGAAAUAAAUUUAUUUUACCUUCAAAUUGCCGAAUAGUGGAGCAAGCUGUCUUGUGGACAGCUCUUGAUAUUUAAAUGAUUGUUUUAUUUUCUUGUAUAAUUUUUGAUAAGAAGUGGGUGCUAAUUAGCUCAUCAACAAUUUGAUGAGAUAAAAUCAUUUUACUUGGUUUUCAGUACCGCUAAAUUUAAAUUUGGCUGUUUUCUUAUAUAUGGUUUUAUGGGCAUACCUCAACAUUUUAUUUGAGCUUAUUAGCAACUACAUCAUU